CGGUUGUGUGCGUAUUAUACUUUUCCUCCGUCUUUCGUUUCCCGAUAUGCUCGGCCUAGCGGUUAGCUAACGGCACGCACCGAUUAAUCCUGCCACGCCUCACCAGAGUUUCACUUACUCUGCUCCGUCCUCGGUGUGACUAUACAAUCCAUUUUUGGAGCCACGACCAAUGGCUAUCAAGUCACUGAAUCGGCUUCUAUGGAACUUCUUUGUGCAUGAUUCACCGUUCAAGAAGAGACGAGAGUUAUACCAAGGAGUACUCUGCAACGUAAUCAAACGGUUUCAGUCACGUUUACCAGAAUCAUCAGGCAAAGAGUUAGAAGAUUCCAACAAAACACCAAACUCGUCUUCUUCUUCUUCAAGCUUAGAGACUAGAAGAGGAGUUGAAUCAGGAAUCGACAGUGACAGCUCCGGUGAUGAAGAUACAGGAGAUGGCAAGUGGAAACUAGACUUAGCUUGGCUCACCAAAGCACUUGAGCCAGCUUCUCAACUCCGUCGAUGGGCUCUUCCAACAGGAGAGAGAUCACAACCUGGUAAUCGAUCUUUAUCUGAGAUCAUUGCUAGUAUCCAAAAGAGUAAGCUGGGAAUCGAAGGAUGGACUCUCGGUGAUCUCACAAUCGGUCUCUACCUCAUCUACCUCAGACAAGCCUCCUUGUCUCCCUUCGAGGACGUCAAGGGAGUUCAAGUUGUUUCGGAGUCUACAGUUUCCGAUCUCAUUUACAACGCGGAGCUAGCCAAGGGGUGUUACAGGGACAGUGUAAGCGGUCUAGCCAAGAACACCAUGCUCAGAGAGAACAACAUUCUUAAAUUCGUGAAAGAUUCGAGCGUCAUGAGGCCUGGCUACUACGUGGGAGUUGAUCAUAGGAGGAAGCUUGUGGUAUUUGGGAUACGAGGGACGCAUACUAUAUAUGAUAUUAUUACUGAUAUUGUCUCUUCGAGUGACGAUGAGGUCACGUUUGAAGGCUACUCAACGCACUUUGGAACCGCUGAAGCUGCACGGUGGUUUCUUAAUCACGAGCUGCAGACUAUGAGAAGGUGCUUAGAGAGAUACGAGGGAUAUAAGUUGAGGCUUGUUGGUCAUUCUCUGGGAGGUGCUAUAGCUUCUUUGAUGGCGAUUAUGCUCAGGAAGAUGCCGAGGGAGGAGCUGGGAUUCGACGGUGAGAUUGUUUCAGCGGUUGGAUAUGCUACACCUCCUUGUGUUUCUAGAGAGCUUGCAGAGAACUGCUCUGAGUUUGUGACAACUAUUGUAAUGCAGGAUGAUAUUAUACCUAGACUGAGUCAAGCUUCUUUGGCGAGGUUGAGAGAUGAAAUCCUUCAGACCGAUUGGACAAGUGUGAUUGAGAAGGAAGAGUGGAAGAGCGUAUUAGACUUGGUAACAAACGCCAAACAAGUCGUCACCUCUGUGCAAGACGCAGCUCGUAAAGUUUCUGAGUAUGCAAAAUUUGGAAACAAGAACGAGUUUCCAGAACUCCCUUCAUCCAAGAACCAUCAGUCUGAUUCUUUGAGCACUGAAACUACGACUAAAGAUGUUGUUAAGUUGCCAGAAGAGUUGUAUGUACCUGGCGCGGUGUACUAUCUGAUGAGGAACGUGAGAGGGAACAUGAAAAGCUCAGCAGGGAAGAAAGUAGAAUACUUUAGUCUAUGGAAGAGAGAUCCAGGACAACAUUUUCAGAGGAUACUUCUUUCAGGUAAUUUCAUUACAGACCAUAAAUGUGAUAGCCACUACUACGCUCUAAGAGAUGUGCUCAAAGGGUUUCCUGGUUUCAUCGACGAAAGCAUUUUUAACAAGAGAUCUAAGUGAGAUCUCAUCAUCUCUGGUUAGAAGACAAUGUUUAGUUUGUCUGCGAACAUUUUUUAAUUUUUUUGUCAACAGCAAAGAAUUUUAAUUAUAAGUUAUCAGUUUUUUACUACAGCUUGAAGAGUGUGUAUCAAUGAUAACAGUUUGCAAGAAUAAACCAUCAGUUUAUCC